AUGUCCCCCCCCCCGCACGCGCAGUUCCAGCUUCACUACCUUGCCACCCGCUGCAUCCUUGCACCGCGUCAAGUGCUGCAAGUUGACACCGAAUCUACUUGCUUUGAUUGGGAUGAACAGCACUGUCCCGGACACCUAGCCUUACUUGCACGCACCACAUCCUCCCCUCCUACCUAUGCUCUGCUUUAUGACAAUUCAGCCCACCAACAAGCGCUCUAUCAUCCUUCACCGUCUCCGCUCGAGCUCAACAAGGAAUCACUCUCCUCCUCUGAGGUCUCUCAUCACGCAAAGACUUACUGCGAGGAGCAGGACACACGCGCAGCACCUCCGCUCUUCGACCCGUCCAGCUCGGAAGCUGUGACUGAGAGAGCUAUUGCGGAUGAUAAAGCGUCUUGCAUGCACGGUUUGCCGGACAAAGCCAUGCGCACCCUGGCUGCGCUCUCGAGAUCGAAAGCUUGUUCCGAUGUGAUGGUCGUUCUCGCACAUGAGAUCGAGUGUGCCAAAGCGAUGGGCCUGGAACAAGGCCAGCAAGUUUGGAGCAACGACUGGAGGGACAAAAGGAGAAGAUUGGCCUUGGCAGACGGGAAAGAGAACAGUUGGCGGAUCUAUAAAAUUGUCACCCACAAUACAUGCUUCGACAUUGUCAGCCCCGCUUCACCUCUCUGUGCUUUCGGCGUUUUGACUGAGAUGUAA